AUGCCCUUCAAAUACAGACACCUAGUACAACUCCUUGAAGAACUUGAUGCAGCGCGGAAACAAGCCCAGUUUUCCUCCACACGUCACUGCAAGCCGGCGGACGAACUCAUCAUCUCAUGGUUUGGUCAACACGACUCUGAGAUCCUUCGGCAUGGACCCUCCGCUGUGGCAUUCCUGUCUUGCCUGCUAUUGGGUCGAGUGCCACAUCUUGUUUAUGGCUUGCAGGAGAAAUCGUUGGCCAGUGUAUUAUGCAAGGCUCUGUUCAUCGAAAACACGACCCGUGGCCGCCAGUUGCAAGCAUGGGAAGCGACAGGUCUCGACUUUGCCACCUGCCUUGAGAAGUGUGUCAUGGCCCUCUCCGAGAACGACUCGUCGCCGCCCGAACGAGAGGUAACGCUGGAAGAGAUUGAUGAUGUUUUGCGACAGCUUGCUGCGAAUUCCAGGUUUGCUUGCCCUGAGCUGAAAAACCGUAGGGAUGGCGUCAAAGCCGAGGUCCUCCUACGGUCCAUUCUAUCCCGACUGCACAGCAAAGAGGCCAAAUGGUUCGUACGGAUGAUUCUGAAAUCUUAUAGUCCUGUACAGAUUCCAGAACACCUAGUCCUCGGAUGCUUCCACUUCUUGCUGCCUGAUAUUCUGCCCUUUCAAAACUCUCUCGACGAAGCGAUCAAGAUCCUGGGGAAGCCCGAAUUGAUCUCCAUUCCUUAUGAUCCACCAAAUGCGUUGCAACGAAAAUAUCGACAAGAAUGCGCCCGUCUCGUAACACCUAAGCUUGGUGUUAUGAUCAAACGCCAAGAGUAUGGCAAGGCAAGAAGUAUUAGGCACUGCUGUCUGAUGGCGAAUACAAGGACGAUGAGCGUCGAGCGGAAGUACGACGGUUGGUACUGCCAGAUCCAUAUCGACAAAUUAAAAGGUAAAGACUGUAUACAAUUAUUCUCCAAACGCGGGAAAGACUCAACAAAACCCUGGGUCCCGCUUCACCCAGCACUGGAAGCCGGUCUACGCCUUAGUGAACCGGACUGUGCUAUUACUCAGAACUGUAUACUCGAGGGCGAAAUGCUGGUCUGGAGCCGUUCGCGAAAAUCGAUCAUGCCCUUCGAAAAGAUCAGGAAAUACAUCCAGUACAACGGCAGAGCCAUAGGCGCAGCUGCCGAUUCUCCUAGAUCGCCAGACGAACAACUGAUGAUCAUCUUCUAUGACUGCCUGUGGCAUGACAGCCAGAACUUGGUCAAUGAGCCUCAUCAUAUGCGGAGACAGCGAUUGGAGCAGAUCGUCAGUGUCACUGAAGGUGUCGCUCAGAUUGGCGAGGGUCGGGAGAUCAGAUUCGGCUCCGCAAGUGCGAAGGAGGAACUCCGAAAGUUUUUCGGGCAUGCGAUUGAACAGAGAUGGGAAGGAUUCGUGCUCAAGGGUCGCCGCGACCCCUAUUUGUCAAUCAAUUGGAACGCUAACGCCAUCAAGCUGAAGAAGGACUACAUCAAGGGACUUGGGGACGCGGCCGAUCUUUGUAUUGUUGGCGGACGCAGGGAUGCGGCAGAAGCAGAGCAGUGCGGUGGAUCUCCCAACUGGACAGCCUUCUAUGUUGCCUGCCUCCAGAAUAAGGAGAUCGUUCAAAGAUUUGGAAGCAAGCCAGAGUUUCUGAUCCUAGACAUCCUUACACGUCAAACCAUGUCGGAAGACACGUUUCGGGAACUGAACCAGCGUGGCUUGGGGUUCUGCUUGCCUUAUUCCGACUCGACAGAGCAGAUGGAUGUCAAUAUCGACCAGCCGGAUAUUAGGCGUCAACCUCCCACGGUCUUAUUCACAAAGCCAUUCGUUGUCGAAGUCACUGGGGCGGCCUUUACAAAGCCCUCGGACGUUGCCUAUUACACCCUGCGGUUUCCUCGUAACGUCAGGCUGCACUUCGGUCGGCCUCUAACAGAGACCCAUAGCUUUGAGGAGCUGCAGGAGAUGGCAAAGGAUAGCCUCACACCUGCAGGCCCUGAAGAGCAGGAAGAGAUUGAUUGGAUCUUGCGUCUCACUGAAGCCGAUGGAAAGCGAGACCAAUGUGUCGACCUCCACGCCGGGGGUACGCCAAGUCCUUCACGCGUCUCGACUGCUAGCAUCAGCAUAUGUACGUCGUCUCCUUUGACUGCCAGCCGCGGUGGGGCUAUGGGCGUACACCCAACACAUUCGUCUCUCAGCAGUCGCGAUGUUGCUGUCAAUCAUGACGGCACACUAAGCCCCAGCACCGCGAGCAAUCAUGGACCAUCCCAUCCUCUGCUACCAGCAGAUCACGUUGAGCUUGUGGACGGAUCUACGGCACUGCCAGUGUCAAUAAACCAUACCUUUGGUCCUGAGUUGGGCGUGAAGCGUAAACGCGAGGGUUCCAGCUUGCCCGCCGUAGCCCACAAGCGGCCGAGGAUCGAUACAGCCAAGAGAGCUCUCAUUCCUCUGGGGUCGUCCCUCCGAAGACAGACCUCUCCUGUUCACCCAUAUCAGCCUCCAGCAGUAUUUCGCACCCCAACGACAACCACAGACCAGAGGUUCUCUGCCUCUAUCGAAAGGCAGCCCCUUAGUGAACUGAAGAACGUCCGUACCAAACAUGGUUCGGAGAAGCAUAGCACCUCUCUAGCAGAGUGUGUUGCUCAUGGCGAGAAGAAUGCUGGAAGGACUAUGGACAUGCAUGCGGAAAACAGAAGUUUCGCCACUCAUCCAGGCAGCUCAUCCACGACCAGGUCAGCCCACAGUCUGGACGAUAUUAUACUAACAGUCAUGUCGUCUUCUGCGCUUUCGCUACAGGACGUCAAGUCCGUCAACCGAGUGACAAUGGUGUUUGUCCAGCUUGUCGAUAAGCCAUAUUCGAAGUCGGUCCGCAACACCAUAUACGGAACUACAAAGGCAGUCCUCAAAGAGUACAAGAGACAGCGCGAUGCCGAAAGGGAAUGGCGGCUCGAACGCUGCAGCAAUGACCAUGCAUCUCAACCGCAGCCUUCGCAGCAACAACGCAGAAUGAUUCUAUUCUAUGACGAAAAGAUGCGAACCUCCUUCUCAGACUCUUCGUUGGACAGCCUCAAAGGAGCAGGCGACAUCUUGCGAAAUCAGCAGGUCAAGAAGUAUUUCGCGGGAGGCUUGCUCAUCACGGUCCACGCGGAUAGGGACGAAGUCAUCUCCAGGGCGAUUUGGUACUGGCGCGAGUCUGUUCGACUUUUGGAUGAGUUGCAGCCGUGAUCAGGCAGGUACACACACUAUGAUUGGAACGAGGAUUCGGUUUCCGUACCUCCCUGGUCGAUGUAUAGACUGGUG